AUUUUAGAUACACAACAAGAUGAAGCUGAAACUACAAUCCCUGUUGCUCCGCGUGAAGUCGCACCACGACCCGCCUCUGUCGCGGCAAGAAUCGAUAGAAGAUCGAAGCAGAACUAUACGAAAGAAUGUUUCAAGCUCAACUUUGGCCUCAGUGGAGACUAGUUCAUUCAAGGGCCUAGAUGGACUCCCUCAGGCCAUUAUACUCCAUAUUAUUACUCAUUUAUCAAUAAUUGACAUAUUCUCACUCAAAAUGGCUGGGAGCAACUCUAUCCUUACAGCUAUCCACAAACCCCCACGUCUUUCACUCGUGAAUUACCUCGAAGAGAUUGAGUUAUUUCGGCGUCAGGAUAUGCCAGACAAGACGCUACUGGAUAUCGCGGCGCUUAUGGGCUACGAUGCUCUUGUAACCGUGCUGUUAAAACGAAAACCACUGCCAUCGAUCGACUCGAUGUUAUCUGCCAUGGUCCACGCGUCUGCCCACGGUAACAACUCUGUCGUCAAGUUUUUUAUAGGGUCAAAAACGAAAAUUCUAGAUCCUCAGUUUACUUUCCGGCAUAAAAGCCCCAUCGCAGAAGCCGCCAAAAAUGGCAAUAGGUCUACCGUGAAGCUGUUACUUGCGUUGGGUGUCAGCCUUGAAAAGUCACAGUGGUGCUCGGAGAGAAUUGCUCUGAUUGAAGCGGCGGAGCAUGGAUAUGAAGACAUAGUCAAACUACUUCUCACACAGAGACUAACAGACUCUGAAUCUUGGGAGUAUAACUCCGUUGCUCUGCGUCUCGCUGCAAAAGCAGGUUACUAUGGCAUUGUCGAGGAGCUUCUGGAAAAUAUAGGGAAAAAUGAUCUCGACCACGUAGCAGUGAAAAGACGUGCAGUAUCCAUCAUAGAUUCACAGGACGAAGAGGGACGAACGACAUUACAUCAUGGCGUUAUGAAUGGGCACGCAAAAAUCGUCUCCCUUUUACUCAAUUCCGGGGCCAACCUCGAAGUGCAGAGUGCCAGGGAGCAUUUCGCACCUUCAAGCACUAUAUACAAUGCGCCGGUAUGGAGUUAUAGCGAAAACUGGACAGCACUUCACUUUGCAGCAGCAUAUGGCAAAGCUGACAUUGCCAUGAUAUUGCUUCAACAUGGGGCAAAUAUUGACGCCGUGGACUCGCAUGGCCAAACUUCCCUGCACCUUGCAUCGACGAAAGGAACAGUAGAAACAGUCCGUGUUCUCUUAGACUACUAUCCCAAGCUGGAGGCAAUAGAUAAUGUUGGUGCAAGAGCUUCACACAAAGCUGCCGCAAGUGGCCACUUAGACAUUGUUCGUCUCCUUAUCGAUCAAGAUUGCAGAAUCAAUGCUAUCACUUCACGUUUUGAGACCCUUUUGCACCUAGCGGUCAAAAAUCAGCACACAGAGGUAGCUGCUUUCUUGAUCGCCCAUGGCCUCGAUAUAGAUGCCGAAGACUCCAGCAGAAGGACCCCCUUACACCUGUCAGCGUUGAACGGUGACUUACCUACUACCGAACUGCUUCUAUCGUCGAACGCUUAUUUGCAAACUAAAGACAUUGGAGGCAAAACACCGCUUCAUUAUGCGGCUCGGUACUCAUCGAGGGUAUAUGAUUUGUUAUUGAGCCACGGAGCCAACCCCGACACAAAAGACCGACAGGGUGACACCCCUCAGUACGUGCUUGACCAUGGUCCAUAUAUGUAGUUAUCCAUCGUCUAUUGCCGCCUCUCUCACUACGAAUUCUUGUCGACCUCCUGUGUUGGAGAGCCGACAAGCCAAGUGUCGUCACACAUACCGCACUACGAACAACUCGAAUCCCCGCCUACUUCCAACAAGCUUUAACAGACGACUUGGAAAUUGUCAGCGUGGCAAUGGUUUUACAUUGUCGUUGUAAUUAUCAGCCUUGGGGAAGAGCUGUGGUAGAGAUGCCACUAUUGUCUCCGAGUUGUCUCCAUUGCAGAUGACUAAGCGUAACCUACCAAGCCGAGGCCCGAUCCAGAUAUCCAUUGUUGCCCCUCAUUCGACAUGACUUGUACCAGUAAAGAUC